AUGACUGAACAGGCGAACGUGUUCACACUUGAGCGAUGUGAUUGGUCUGCCCGACCAAUCGAACGACGACCCACUAACUGUCCUGGUUAUGACGAUCGAUUGACCCACCAUUCAGGCGUUCCCAGUCAGCGUGGCACAAGCUUGAAACCCACUAGGCAGAUUUUCGGUUGCAAUUUUGGGGUUGCAAUUUUGGAGCGAAACUCAAGUCCAGUGCUUCCCUUUGGUGUGGACUCACCGGGAAAAUUCCAGAACAGGAACACGACCAUUCAAACGUGGUGUGGCUAUGAACAAAAAUACCUGUCUCGCAAAACACCAAAAUUGCAAACAGCUAAAUCCAACUUAGGUCUAAUGUCCAGACUAUUAUACGUGAAAAUCCAGAUGCAUCCGACGUACGCUGAUGGAGUAGUGAGAUCACGUUCACUUCGAAUGCGAGAUGUUCGGAGUUCAAAUCCCGUCAAGGUCAUCGAAUUUGCACUGCUGAUGAGCUCUAAGCGCCUCAGCCUAGACAGGGAACGCCGAGAAACAGAUGUUGGGUUUGAACCACGCAGUGAACAUUCAAUCCCGGUGCCGGGAAUUCGAACCCCAGACCCCAAUAUUCCACCAAGGCACGUUGGACGCAUCUGA